AGGAACACGUGGACUGGGACGCGCUGAUGAAGAAUUCUGGGAACCCCGACACCAAACCCUCCGUCAAGUUGGAGAUCGUCGAAGACCCACUUGAAGAAGAGCAUGCCCCCCUCAACAAGCUCUUCAAACCCUCUCCAAAUCCUCAGCAAUGGAGUGCUUCAAAUGAUGAUUCUGUCAGUUCUUCUUCGCAUCUCAAUAUACUCGAUGAGCCGAGCCCGCUGGGUUUGCGCCUGAGGAAGAGCCCUUCGCUGUUGGACUUGAUUCAGAUGAAGCUUUCUCAAGGAAGUGUGCAGAAUGAAAAUUUAAGCUCUGGACUAAAGAAGGAGGGUAGAGGUGCUGCUGCAUCGGGUACCACGGACAAGCUUAAAGCUUCAAACUUCCCGGCUACGCUUCUGAGGAUUGGUUCAUGGGAGUAUAAAUCGAGAUAUGAGGGUGACUUGGUUGCGAAGUGUUACUUUGCUAAACAUAAGCUUGUUUGGGAAGUUCUUGAAGGUGGUCUAAAGAGUAAGAUAGAAAUUCAAUGGUCGGAUAUCAUGGCACUUAAGGCGCAUUGUCCUGAUAAUGGGCCUAGCACGUUGACUGUUGUGCUUGCUAGGCAGCCUCUUUACUUCAGGGAGACUAAUCCUCAGCCUAGAAAGCAUACACUGUGGCAGGCAACGGCCGAUUUUACUGAUGGACAGUCUAGCAAACAUAAGAUGCAUUUUUUGGAAUGCCCACAAGGGCUGUUGGCCAAACAUUUUGAAAAGCUUAUCCAGUGUGACAUGCGCCUUAAUUUCUUAAGCCGACAGCCAGAGAUAAUCUUGGAUUCACCACAUUUUGACACACAACCUUCUGCCUUUGAGGACUCAGACAAUCCAAGAGAUCAGGAUCUGCUUCAAGUCAGUGGUAAAGGAUCCUCCACGUCCUCUUUUCAGGACAGAGGAUCGCCGCAGGCUUCCCUGUCAUCAUCAUUUAAGAUUGAACACAGUGAUCCUCCUGGAAUGACUUUGGAUAGUCUCCCCCGAGAUGCGCAUUCUCCCAGUUCAGGGAGUACCAGUUCAGAAACUGAUUCCAAGGGUCCAAGAAAUGGGGAUCAGAUAAAACUUCCUGCACUUCGACCUUCCAUGUCAGUGAGUGAUUUUAUCGGCCAAAUUGAACUUUGCCUGUCGGAGCAAAUAACCUCUGGGAAUCCACCUUUCUCUGAUGGAGGAUCAGAGUACAAGGAAAUCCUAGAAGACAUUGCACAGCAUCUUCUCAAUGAUAAUCAGGUUGCUGCAACUUCUGAUGAAAAAUCACUCAUGUCAAGAGUCAAUUCUCUCUGCUGUCUUCUGCAGAAGGACCCUGUAACGGUGCAGAAUACACAUUUUACUGAAGAUGGUACUGUUGAAGAACCUGAUAACGGAAAAAAGCCUGCUGAGGACGAAUCAAGGGACGCAUCUGGUGGCAAGCAAGCACUAGGAAUGUCUAGGAAAGACUCAUUUAGUGAUUUGCUUCUCCACCUUCCUCGAAUUGCAUCUCUUCCAAAGUUCUUGUUUAACAUAUCAGAAGAAGAUGGGGACAGUCAUGCCCGAUAGUUAUUCUCAUAAUUGAAAAUUCAAAAUGGCAAGUGUGGGCUACCUAGCAGAGUGUAGCUGCAUAGGGAACAUGUUAUGUCUUUUUAGACGUGCGAGUUUAAUUUCUACCUUGGGAACCUCUAGGAUUUGGAAAAGUUGUUUUAAUGAAGAAUCCUGGUAGAGCCCAUGUAAAAAUUGUCAAGUAGAUGUUUUAGCUGUGUUUGUUUUUCCUUUUUUUGCCCUUGUCUUCUGGGUCUCAUGGACAGCUGUUGUCUGCUUGUAAGUAAAUCAUGUGUUGCCUGAUCAAAUAUCAGCCAUCCAAAGAUGGUAUCUCUGUCUUCUCUUGGAUCUUAAGCUAUUGCAGUAGCUGAUACUAUUGCAUUGGAAGGCUCAGUUUGUAAAUAUUAAUCAAAUAAUACAAUUUCCU